AUGGCGGAGCUUUCUAAAAAAUCCAAAGAGGAAAAGAUCGAGGGUGUCCGAAAAAUCCAAGCAUAUUUAAGCAAGUACAGCACGGUCGUAGUCGUAGAAAACACAGACAUAAAAACACAAUGCAUACAAAGGCUUCGAUCUUUAUUGAGGGGCAAAGUUAUAUUUGCUAAAAAAUCUCUUCUUCAAAAGAACUAUCCGCAGCUGAGCUUUGAGAAAAGCUUCUUUUUGAUUUUCAUAGAUGGCUCUGAGCUUGAAAAGGUUAUCUCAUUCAAGUGCAAUACAUUUAUAAAAGCGGGUGAGGUUUCCCCUGUGGAUUUUGUUAUAUCCGCAGGUAUAGUUAAAAAUCCAAAACUGGCUUCUAUUUUAAUGCCGAUUGAAAAGAGAGGAUCUAUGUUUCAUUUGCUUGAGGACUACAAGGUUCUUUCUGAAGGGCAGCCAGCUGAUGAAAAGGCUACUGAAAUAUUAAAAGCAAAAGACAUUAGACCCAUGGAAAGAAACCUGACAAUUUUAGGACAGUUCGAAUCCAAGGAACUGGCCAAAAACGAACAAGAUCACAAAAUAAACUGA